GCUGUUUUCGUGGGACGCGCACGAGAGGAAAAUAAUUGUUUGCGGCUUUUUUCGUUGUGAAAAUCGCGAAAAUGGUGACAAAAGCAAGUCAAGCACUGAAUAUAGAGAUUAAUUUCGAAGAGGAGGAUGUUCCGUAUGAAGAGGAAAUCCUGCGGAACGCGUACUCCGUAAAACAUUGGCUUCGCUACAUAGACCACAAAGCCAAGGCCCCCGAUAAUGGUGUGAAUUUGGUCUAUGAGCGUGCUCUAAAAGAACUCCCCGGUAGCUAUAAGAUUUGGCACAAUUACCUGAGAACCCGCAGGAAGCAGGUGCGCGGCAAGAUACCCACGGACCCCAUGUACGAGGAAGUCAAUAGUGCAUUCGAAAGAGCCCUAGUCUUUAUGCACAAAAUGCCACGUAUCUGGAUGGACUAUGGUUCUUUUAUGACCUCCCAAUGCAAGGUGACCCGCACCCGUCACGUUUUCGACCGCGCUCUAAGGGCUCUGCCCAUCACACAGCACGGCAGGAUUUGGCCACUUUAUCUGCAGUUUGUGCGUCGCUUUGAAAUGCCGGAAACAGCUUUGCGCGUGUACCGCCGCUACUUGAAACUCUUUCCCGAGGACACCGAGGAGUACGUGGACUAUCUGCAGGAGGCGGAGCGCCUAGACGAAGCUGCCCAGCAGCUGGCGCAUAUUGUGGACAACGAGCACUUCGUUUCGAAGCACGGCAAGUCCAAUCAUCAGCUGUGGAACGAGCUGUGCGACCUCAUUUCGAAGAAUCCGCACAAGGUGCACUCUCUAAAUGUGGACGCCAUCAUCCGUGGUGGACUGCGGCGGUAUACGGAUCAAUUGGGCAGCCUGUGGAACUCUCUAGCGGAUUACUAUGUGCGUUCCGGUUUAUUUGAUCGCGCCAGGGACAUCUAUGAGGAGGCCAUCCAAACGGUGACCACUGUGAGAGAUUUCACACAGGUCUUCGAUGAGUACGCCCAGUUCGAGGAACUAUCGCUGAACAAACGCAUGGAGCAGGUGGCUGGCAAUGAUGCAGCCACCGAAGAAGACGAUAUCGACGUGGAUUUGCGCCUGUCGCGCUUCGAAUACCUUAUGGAGCGUCGGCUGCUGCUGUUGAAUAGCGUGCUCCUGCGACAGAAUCCGCACAACGUGCACGAGUGGCACAAGCGGGUGACGCUGUACGAGGACAAGCCCGCCGAGAUCAUUAACACUUACACGGAGGCCGUGCAGACCGUGCAACCGAAGCAGGCGGUUGGUAAGCUUCACACCCUCUGGGUGGAGUUUGCCAAGUUCUACGAAGCCAACGGACAGGUGGAGGAUGCCCGCGUGGUCUUCGAACGCGGCACUGAGGUGGAGUACGUCAAAGUAGAGGAUCUGGCGGCGGUGUGGUGCGAAUGGGCGGAGAUGGAGCUACGUCAGCAGCAGUUCGAGGCAGCUCUCAAGCUGAUGCAACGGGCCACGGCCAUGCCAAAGCGCAAGAUUGCCUAUCACGAUGAUACGGAAACGGUGCAGGCGCGACUCCAUCGCUCCCUGAAAGUGUGGUCCAUGUACGCUGAUCUGGAGGAGUCAUUUGGCACCUUCAAGACCUGCAAGGCGGUCUACGAGCGGAUAAUUGACUUAAAAAUCUGCACUCCGCAGAUCAUUAUCAAUUACGGGAUGUUCCUGGAGGAGCACAACUACUUUGAGGAGGCCUAUCGCGCCUAUGAAAAGGGCAUUUCCCUGUUCAAGUGGCCCAAUGUGUACGACAUCUGGAACUCCUAUCUGACCAAGUUUUUGGAGCGGUACGGCGGCACCAAGCUGGAGCGUGCCAGGGAUCUCUUCGAGCAGUGCCUGGAUCAGUGUCCCCCGGAGCACGCCAAGUACUUUUACCUACUGUACGCUAAGCUGGAGGAGGAACACGGUCUGGCCCGGCAUGCCAUGUCUGUUUACGAUCGCGCCACGUCUGCUGUGAAGGAGGAGGAGAUGUUUGACAUGUACAACAUAUUCGUAAAGAAGGCGGCCGAGAUCUACGGAUUGCCUCGUACUCGGGAGAUCUACGAGAAGGCCAUCGAAUCGCUGCCCGAGCAGAAUAUGCGCCACAUGUGUGUCAAGUUCGCGGAAUUGGAAACAAAGUUGGGAGAGGUGGAUCGAGCUAGGGCCAUUUACGCCCAUUGCUCACAGGUUUGCGACCCACGCAUUACCGCAGACUUUUGGCAAACGUGGAAGGAAUUUGAGGUACGCCACGGCAACGAGGAUACAAUGCGCGAAAUGCUGCGCAUCAAGCGCUCCGUGCAGGCCACUUACAACACGCAGGUGAACAUGAUGGCCGCCCAGUUCCUGAACACGAACAAUGGAGCGGCUGCGGAUGCCGGAGCUGGAGCUGGACCGGAUGCCAUGCGUCUGCUGGAGGAGAAGGCACGCCAGGCGGCCGCCGAGGCCAAACAGAAGCCCACCGAAAAAGCAGCCUCCAAUAUUAUGUUUGUGCGCGGCGAAACCCAGGGAGGUGCCAAGGAUAAGAAGGAUACGGUUGUCAAUCCCGAUGAAAUUGACAUUGGCGACAGCGAUGAUGACGAUGAGGAGGAGGAUGACGAGCAGGAGAACGAGGCAGCGAACGAGAACCACGGGGCCACGGAGGCGGUCACAAAGGCCGACGAUGAAGGUCUCGUUAUGAAGAAACUGCGCUUCGAGCAAAAGGCCAUUCCGGCCAAGGUCUUCGGUAGUCUCAAGCCAUCCAAUCAAGGCGACUCCGAUGAGGAGUGAAUGUUUAUAAUACUUCUUUUUGGGGUAAAUAUAUGUAUGUCAAAAGUUUUACAACA